GUGACAUUCCGGCAACACUGCAGUGGGACGACUUGGCCAACAGAGAUGUCUGGAUUACUUGGGGCAGUGUCCGAUUCUAUUGGCGUACCAUUGAUGCAGAUAAAUGUGAUAACAGCAGAGAUCCUUGCACUUUGUUUCGCCUUUGCUUACCGGCAUUACCUGUGCCCCACGAAGGUUUCAGUUUUAACGAGACAUGUCUCGACGGCCAGUCUGGGAAUAUGUCUGCUGUAUUUUGUGUACGGAAGUCAAUGUAUCCAUGUGUUUUUACUCUCUGGGAUCUGCUAUGUGGCCCUUAUUCUGUCACCAACAUCUAUUAUACACAUAGUGACCUUCAUACUAUCAAUGACCUACCUUAUGUAUAUACACCUACGGAGAGUCCUUGCUGCAGACACCGAAAAGUAUCCUCUGGACGUCUCGGGUCCACUCAUGCUGACCACUCUGAAAAUAACUAUUGUGGCGUUUGGAUUACAUGACGGUUUACAUCGUAACACGGAGACACUUAUUGAUACCCACAAGAGGCAUUCUUUACGGAGAAAGCCGUCAUUUCUAGAAUUCUUUAGCUACAUAUUUUACUUCCAAAGUGUCGUGGCUGGGCCACCUUCGUUUUAUUGUGACUACCAAGACUUUGUGAAUGGAGAAAAUAUCCACCUCCCAGUUAACUCAAACAGUGAAAUGGAAAUAAAUUCAAAUUACAGAAAAGAAGAAGAUAUGAAGACAGAUUUGACGAAAAAUUCAAAGAAAAUAUAUCGUCUUCCACCGUCACCACUAAAACCUGUGUGUCUAAAACUGUGUGAAACAGUUUUCUGGAUCUUAAUACAUGUGUUUGUAGCACCAAGCUUCCCUGCCUUAUCCAACUCAGAUCCAGCAUUCAUAGCUGCCCAUGGUGUUCUGUACAGAGUUGGGUACUCUAUCAUCUCAAUGUCUUGUUGUAAGGUGAAAUACUACCUCAUUUGGAUACUGGGUGAUGCUAUCAACAAUGCCUCAGGGCUGGGGUUCAAUGGCUUCACGCCAUCAGGUGAACCUAAAUGGGAUCUCGUUACAAGUAUCAACCCUUUAACAUUGGAGAGGUCAACAAGUGCAAAGGUAUUUAUAGACAACUGGAAUGUCCAGACGGUGAAGUGGUUCCGGUACAUCUGUUACACACGAAUUCCGUUCCAGCGCACUUUAUUUACGUUUAUAUUGAGUGCGCUCUGGCAUGGCUGUUUUCCUGGUUAUUACUUCACGUUCAUCUCCGGGGCGUUCUUGAUCCAAGGUUCCAGAAUGGUUCGGAGGAAGGUGCGUCCAUAUUUCCUUAGGUCCAAAUCAUGGAAGAUGUUCUACGAUUUUCUGACCUUCCUGUUCACUCAUGUUGCCAUAUGCUACGCUGGUGUACCGUUCAACAUCCUAUACUUCAAAUACUCCAUGAUAUUUUAUAAUAACAUGUACUGGUGGCUCCAUAUAGCAUGUCUCAUAACGAUGCCGGUUUGUGCCUUCGUCUUACCAAAUCCACCACGACAGCAGGAGGUCAAGGUCACAAAGAAUGGUCACACAUCUGAGAAAGAAAAAUCCAAUUAAGGCCAGCAUAUAAUAUAUAUC